AUGCGUAUCUUUGGCAGUCUAGGCACCGCCUUUACGCUGGGACUUGCAACAAUAGCAUCCGCUUCAUCAUACGCCCGCCCACCGCUGAGAAGUAUCGCGCUCGCCAAAAAUGCCGACAUCCUCACACAAACACACCGCGUGACGGCUGUGUCGUCGUUUGAUCUCGCCUUCGACGUAUCGGGGCAGCGCGUGCGCCUCAGCCUCGAACCCAACCACGACCUCUUUGUAGAGGGCGGCCAAAUAACACACCUCAAUGCAGACGGCAGCAUAGCGCGCCAGGAGCCUAUAGAGCGCCUGCAACACAAGGUCUACAAAGGCACAGCAUGGCUGAAGAGAGGAAAUCGCUGGGACAAUGUGGGCUGGGCGCGAAUAGGCAUUCGCGAGGACGGUCUAGAACCGCUGUUUGAAGGCACCUAUACUGUCAACCACAACCACCACCAUAUCAAGACAGCAUCCGACUACAAGUCGACGCGCCAGGCAGAGGACCCGGAUGUUGACCUGCGCGAGAAGGAGUACAUGGUCGUCUUCCGCGACUCGGAUAUGGGCAUAUACGAUGAACACUCGGAGCUCAGGAAGCGCGCUGACGACGUAGGAUGUCCGUCCGAUGAACUACUUUUCAAUACGCAAGAUGAUCACCCAAUCUACGCCAGCAUGCGCGCUCGCGACGAGGCGUCGGCCAUGUCGCCAUCUUUUAUUUCAGCAAUGUUCAAGCGACAGAACGACCUCCAGCCCGGAGGUAACGGCGCUGGUGUUGAACUAUCCUCUACCAUUGGCAGCACUGCCGGAUGCCCUGGUACUCGCAAGGUUGCGCUCGUUGGAGUUGCUGCCGACUGCACCUACGUGAAGUCUUUCGGUGGUGACAAGAACAAGACCCAGACGAACAUCAUGAGUGUCAUGAACCAGGCCUCACAACUAUUUGAGAGCACAUUUAACAUCUCCCUUGGUUUGGCUAACCUGCUUGUUACUGAGGCGGACUGUCCAACACAGCAACAACAGGCAACGCCCUGGAAUCAAGACUGCAGUGGCAGCAUCACUAUCCAGGAUCGUUUGAACCAAUUCUCAACUUGGAGAGGUCAGCAAAAGGAUACCUACUCCCACUGGACCCUGCUAUCUACCUGCAACACUGGAUCGGCCGUUGGACUCGCAUGGCUCGGACAGGCUUGCACCACGGGCUCACAGGCCAACAAUGGUAACUCUGGUGAGACUGUUGCUGGCGCCAACGUUGUCAUCAAAACUGCUACUGAGUGGCAAGUCGUUGCUCACGAAACAGGCCACACCUACGGCGCCGUGCACGACUGUACCUCGGAUUCGUGCGCAAACAAGGACCUUGUCAGCGCUCAGCAGUGCUGUCCCUUUAGCCAAGGCACCUGCGAUGCAAACGGUGGUUUCAUCAUGAACCCCUCAACAUCGCCCGGAAUUUCCCGCUUCUCCCCGUGCUCCAUCGGUAACAUCUGCUCGGCACUCGGACGGAACAGUGUCAAGUCUCAGUGUCUCACCAACAACCGAGACGUCACCCUUCUCACUGGCCAAACCUGUGGUAACGGUAUUGUCGAGGGCGACGAGGAGUGCGACUGCGGUGGUACCACGGGCUGCAAAGGCAACAGGUGCUGCAACCCCUCGACGUGCAAGUUCAUCAACAAUGCCGUCUGCGAUGACUCCAACGAAGACUGCUGCCGCAACUGCCAGUUUGCUUCUGCCAACACCGUAUGCCGCAACUCGGUUGGUGAUUGCGAUCCCCAGGAAAUGUGCACGGGCAACUCACCCUACUGCCCCGAAGACAAGACCAAGCCAGACGGCACCGACUGCGGCAACGGACUCACAUGUGCCAGCGGCCAGUGCACGAGCAGAGAUAUGCAGUGCAAGACCAUCAUGGGCAGUUACACCCAAGGCAACGAUACAUAUGCCUGCGACAACAGCAACUGCAUGCUCAGCUGCGCAAGCCCAGAGUUCGGCGCGAGAUGUUACGGUCUCCAGCAAAACUUCCUCGACGGAACGAGCUGUACCGGCGGGGGAAAGUGUGUCAACGGCGUAUGUCAAGGCGGUUCCGUCGGCAAGGAAAUCACCUCCUGGAUCGACAGCCACCUCCCCCUCGUCAUCGGCCUCGCCGCCGGUGUCGGCGGCGCCUUACUCCUCUGUAUCUUCUGCGGCUGUCUCCGGUCCUACCGCCGCCGCUCUAAACUGCGUAAAUACGCUGCUGCCGUCCCGCCCCCAAUGCCGUAUCGUAGCGGCGGUGGCAGUGGCCGCAGCAGAGGCGGUGGUGGUGCCCCGCCAAUGGGCCAGUAUAAUAAUCUGCCGUCGAGGGGUGAUGGCGGGCCGGUUGCUGGGCAGUGGACGCCACAGCCACAGCCGCAUCAGUGGGCGCCUGAUCCGCAUGCGCCGAAUGGGCAUGUUCCUUUGCCUCCGCCGGUACAUAGGAGUAGUUUGCGGUAUGCGUAG